UUCAUCCAUAUUACUAUUUAAAAUUAUGACAAAUAUUGAAGAUAAAAUUUUGGGAUAUAAAAUCGAAAAUUAUUGUAGCUCAAGUGACGAGGAUUCCUUGCCCGAUAGAAAUGAAAUACCUAUCAAUAGAAAUGAACAAUUAAUGAAAACUUAUGAAUAUUCAGGAAAUAGUCAACAAACUGGACCCAAAGGGGUUAUUGAAGAUUUUAAAGAUUUUACGAAAUACAAACAAGAAUUAAAAGAUAAAAAGGAAAAAGAAUUUUCAGAUAACUUGGUUACAUCUGCCUUUUCGUGUUUAUCUUCUAAUGAUGAAGACACAUUGAAAUUAAAAAUGCGAGAUAUUGAAAAAAAUGUUGAAGAAGAUAUGGAUGCGGAUGACAAACAAUUUUUUGAACAAUAUAAGCAAAAAAAAAUGAAAGAACUAUUAGCUACAAUUUCUAACUUACCAAAAUUUGGACAUGUCAUAAAUAUUGAUUCAGGAAAUAGAUAUCUUGAGGUAAUUGAUAAAGAGAAUCCUAAUGUAACUGUUAUAAUUUUUAUCUACAAUGAGCAUAAUGUUUUAUGUCAAUAUAUUAACUCUUUAAUGGAUUCAUUUGCUAGAGCAUAUCCAUAUAUAAAAUUUUGUUGUGCAAAUUCGAAUGUACCUGGUAUUAGUAAAAAUUUUUCCAUUAAAGGUGUACCAGCACUAUUAGUAUAUAAACAUGGUGAAUUAAUUGGGAAUUAUGUAAGGCUACAAGAUAAUUUAAAAAUAAAUUUUGGGUUUAAUGAUUUGGAACAAUUUUUAAAAGAUAAUGGGAUAUUAUCAGCUCAUGAAACCUCAUCCCCACAUCUAUAGAUAAAUACAAAAAUUAUAAUAAUGGCAAUCAUGUAUUUAUAUUUAAAAAGAGUAUUUUAGAUCAUGCAAUACCUCAUUAUUUGCUAUUUAUAUAUAUAUUAUGAAUUUUGGCCCAUAAUUUUAAACUGAAAAAGGGCUAUAAGGGAAGUAGGUAUGUAUUAUAAUAAUUUAUUUAAUUUUUUUUUAUUGUUGCAUAUUAUGUGAUAAAUAUAUAAUUACAAAUUUUAAAAAUAUACAGUACUAUAAAUUGC